UCGAUCUAAUCUGUUUUUGAUUCAAUUCGACCACUGAAAUCUAUAUAUGAUCUGAUUAUAUAUUUCUUAUAACAAUUUUUUUAAUAUUUUCGUCGAUGUUUCGAUUUUACUUAUUAAUCAUCAAGUGUUUGAUAGAUGGUGUAAAUCACUAUGAGAGUAUUGCUAAAAAGAUUGAAGGGAACUGUUUUUUUUUUCUUCUUUUGAUGGCUUAUAUUAUGUAAUAUAGGUUUCUGAGGAUUGAUUGUCAAAAAGACUAUAUAUUGAUUCAGAGAAGUGCUACUACAAGAAUGUAUGGAAGAAAGAUUCCAACUUUACUUGAAUUAUGUGUGCAGACAGCGAUAGACAAUGUUAGGUAUCUUGGAGAUGUUGGGGAAACGGAUAUUGAUUUGUUGGGGGAAAUUCUACCUCACUGUACAGCUGAUCAGUUGAUGCACAUUGAGAAGUCAUCUAUAGAAAGAGACCUGAGUCCAGUUACUGAUAAGUUAUGGAGGAAAUUUUAUGAAAAGCAUUUUGGUGCUGAAAGUACAAAAACGCUUAUUGAGCGGAUGAAUAGGAAGAAAGUUACUUUCAAAUGGAUGCAGCUAUAUGAGGCGAAGCAGAAGGACUUGGAGAGUGUUCAAGAAGAAUCUGGGAAUAAACUUAAAGAACUCUAUAAAAAGGAACAGAAUAGAAGACAAAGUCGCCAGAUUCAGGUUGUUACAAAAGUUCCACCUGCCAAGCGACCUUUUUGGGGAGGAGCAGGAGGCAGUGGAUUUGGAAGCAAUUCAACCAAUACAAAGGGUAGAUUGAUUAAGAAGGCAAAAAUGGAGUUCCUUAAUAGCCAUGAAGCUAAAACAGCGGCAAUGAAAAAAAGGAACCUGCUGAGCAAUCAACGUAUUGCUCCUCGUACAAUGACGCCACCAGCUCGUUUCGGUGGACAGAGUUCAUCAAGUUCUGGCUUGGCAAAGCCAUUACCAAGAAGACCAUAGUUCAUCUCAGCAGUCCUGACGCGCAAGGGACCAAAUCGUCACUUGGAUUGGGUCCUUGGUCUUUUUCGUUUUCACAUCUUGUACUUUCUUGACAACACCCUGCUUAUUGCUCAUCCCUCAUGGAGAAUCUAAGAGCUGAAAAUCUGCCAAGGAUAGCCCGUCACCAUGUGGACUAUCAGUGUGUGGGCAAAACGCAAUGGCUCCAAAGCUAUGUGGAAAGAGUAAACCAAGCAAAAAGUAGUUGGAAACAUUGUUGGAGUUGGAGAGUUUGAAAUAUAUUACAAAGUGUUUGGUGAAAUGUAAUAACUGAAAUUUAUCAAUCAUGAUAGCCAUACUAAAAUUUACCCAUAUUUCCUGAAAAAGAAAACAACGUGGCAUACUAUGAAUCA